AUGGCUUCGGUUCCAGGCCCAGAUUACAGAAGUAUCAUCAACUCUCCUCAGUUCACCUUCCUGAUCGGACCCGGCCAUUCAAAAGUCACCAUCCAGUCUGGCCUUGCCAAACAUGUCUCUCCCCGGCUCGAUGGGUUGAUGAACAACGGUCAUACCCGUGAAUCCAGGCACCGCAUCGCGGUCCUAGAGGACGAAGAUGUCGAGACGUUCACUGGCUUCUGUGAAUUUGCGUACACUGGAGAUUACACGGUUCCAAUUCGCGAGGCCAGAUCUGAUCAACCAGAGAAUUCAGAAUACGGAGAACCUUCCUCUCCAGCUGCACACCAUCAUAUACCACCACCGGCGCCGUCACCCCCUUCCUCCCCAAAAGAGCCACGGCCAGAGGACUCUUGCGCCAUCUGGGACGACGAGGAUGAGCUCCCAAAGGAGGAGCCUGCCCUUAUUCAGCCCCAGGCACUCGUUGUGAAGGAGGACCCUCCGCCACAGCCUCAGGAGGAGGAAGAUGAGGCAAAAGGCGCCGCUGACGCUGGGAAGAAGGGUAAGAAGGGUAAGAAAGAGAAGAAGGGAAAGAAAAAGGCAGUUGAAGAGCGUCCUGCUGCGAACACUCUCACUCCUCCUAAAACCCCUCCACCAACUGAGAGCAAAGAAAAGCCCAAAGAUGUUGCCGUGAUUGAAGAGAAAAAGAAUGAGCCAGUGACAGCAGUGGUUCCGUUUCAGCAAGAGGAGAAAGAAGAGAAACCGAAAGAGAAACCUGAAGAAAAGCCCGAGGAGAACAACACGGAUUCUGGCGAUUGGUUUGAAUUUCAACCGACUCAAGAAGAGUCGUUGCUCGGGACAUCAAAGUCCGAAGGCUCCAUAAGAGGAGAGCCUUUCUUCGCUCUUCCAUCUUCCAGACCUGCUGGAGUGUCUAUCUGGGAUGAAUUCACCGCUAUUCAGUAUCCACAGUACGAACGCAGAACCCAUCUACCAGGCCAUUUACAGGCCAACAGCGACUCCCGCGAAGUCCCCUACAUCCUAUACCAUGCGAAAAUCUAUGUCUUCGCUUCCCGCUACCUUGUUCCCGCCCUUGCUCAGCUCGCCCUGACGAAACUUCAUCGAGAACUAGUCUCGUUUCCUCUGCGAGGAUCUGGCAAUGGGCAUGGAGACAACGGCACUAUCCCCCAUGUUUUGGAGUUACUGCACUACACAUUCAAGAAUACUAAGCCAUACGACCCGAGAUUUCCGUCUCUAGAUGCUAGUGCAGAUAUCCCUUCUGAGAGAGAGAACCGACUUCGCAAACUCACUACUCACUAUGUUGCGUGCAAAGUGAGGCAGCUAGCUACCUAUAGACCUGAUGUGCAUCAUGCCGAAGUUGGAGACGCUCCGCUGACUUUCCGUGAUCUCUUGAAUAAGACUGGAGAAUUGGCCUCCAAUCUUGUCUUCCAGUUGAUGUAA